UUUCAUGAUUCGGAAAUACCUCCUCCUGUGGGUUGGUCGCUCUGGUUUUUCCUAUAAAAAAAAGCAGUGUUUCGUCAUUUUUCAACGAAGACCUGAGAUCUCUGAAGACUGAACCAUGUCUGGCAGAAGCGCACUGAUUGUUUUGGCUCACCAGGAGAAGACCUCGUUUAAUUAUGCCAUGAAGGACGCGGCAGUUGAGGCCCUGACGAAUAUGGGCUGGAAGGUCGCCGUGUCAGAUCUUUACGCUAUGUCAUUUAAUCCUGUCUUGUCGCGUGAUGAUGUCAUAGGAGAUCCCAAAGACCCAAAAGCAUUCAAGUACGGCGUUGAGACCAUGGCGGCCUUCAAAGAGGGACGUCUUGCCAAAGACAUUGUUGAAGAACAGAAGAAGGUUGAAGCUGCUGACCUUGUUAUCUUCCAGUUCCCUCUGUACUGGUUCGGUCUCCCCGCCCUGCUAAAAGGAUGGGUAGAAAGGGUUUUCUCCAUAGGAUUUGCAUACAGCUUACAGACGUUGUACUCCAAUGGACCUUUUAAAAACAAAAAGGCUGUGCUGUCAUUCACUACAGGAGCAGGAGAGUCGAUGUUUACCGACAAGGGACUGAACGGAGAUAUCAAUGUCAAUCUGUGGCCAAUACAGAAUGGCAUUCUGAAUUUCUGUGGAUUCAAAGUGUUGGAGCCACAAAUCUCGUACGGAGUAGCUCAUAUCCCCCACGAAGCACGCACUGCCGUCCUCGAGGGCUGGAAAAAACGCCUGGAAACAAUAUGGGACGAAAAACCCAUUAAAUUCCUCCCCGUCCAGGACUUUGAUUUGGGUGGUGGGUUUGUCCUGAAGAAAGAAGUAGUAGAGGCUAACUCGGACAGCAAAACCGGUCUCACAGUGGGUCAACACCUGGGCAAAGCCCUUCCACCUGAUAGCCAGGUGAAGUCGGAGAGCACUAGGCUAUGAUGGGCGAUCGGUCAGAUCUAUAGUAUAUGUUCAAUAUAGCUGACAUUGUUAUUAUAAUACUACCUCAGUUGGAUUUCAUGACUAUUACGGACAUACUUCGGAGGAGAACCAUCAGCGGCAAUCACUCAAACCAGCCUUGGUAUUUCAAAAUGUAAUCAGAUUAUUAUUAUUCUGCCGACCAUUUACGUCGCCCUUCUGCGUCAGCAAUUCCCGCAGCGCUACUUACAGUCCUUACAUUCAAAGGGACUUACAAAACUAGAACGGACAGACUAAGGCGAACCGAUAAUUUAGGUGACGAGGGCUUGCAAGCCAUUUGUCUUAUUCCACCCCGAUUCAGAGCUGCAGCGGUCAGCAAAACCGUUUUCAUUCUUAUUUGGGUGACAUUCACAUUGACAAUGACUCUUAAACGUAAACAUGUCUUGAAAGAGAAAUAUUGUAAAAGAAUAACCUGUUGUUGUUUGUAUCACAGAUCGCCUAACCGUGUUCAAGAAUAGAAACAAUGUAUUAACCGCCAAAGACAUAAUGUAUUUAUCCAAUACCGCUCUUAUAAUAAAUAAUGAAAAGGU